AUGAUGCGGCGUAAGCGCAAUAUAUCCUCAUCUGUCUCUAUACAUCAACCCGCAGACGAAUCCAGGAGGAAAAUCUUGAAACAGCACUACGUUAUUGAAUCGAGCGAGGAAGACGAAACCGAAAACGAAGACGACGACGGAGAGGAAAGUAGUGAGAUUGGCGAAGACGAAUACCUUAUUAACUGCAUCCUCGACGAGUCAGAAAACCAGUAUUUCAUUGACUGGCAAGGUCCCUGGUCACCAACUUGGGAACCAAAGGAAAACGCAAACGACCUAGCGGUUCAAGUCUGGGAGGAGAAGAAGAAGAAUAGGGAAAAGGAAGUUCAGGAAAGCAGUGAACCGAUUGAACCUCUGUCGCCAAUACCAUCACCACCUGGAUCCCAUACCACCACUCCUAAUCUCGACCAAGCGGAAUGCGAAACGGAACCACGUCAUUCAGAUAGACGAUCACCCUCCCCUCUCUUUGUUCCUUUCGAAGCUGUUUCCGAGUCGCCGAUAGACGAAGAGGGAAACGAGACCCUAAUAUCGGGAUUCGGGGAAGUAGUCUCCAGUUUACCGCACUCCGGCACUUCAUCUUAUCCCGGAAUUGCUUCACCCGCCGCGCAGCAGUCAAAAAUCACUAUUGCUUUUGAACACGUCCCAGCGACACCAAUACCAUCCGAAUUCAAACUACCUGACGAAUCGGAAAACCGUCAAUUAACAGAUAGCUCUCGAACGGCCCCUCCUGUCCCAGCCGCAAGUUACUUUCAUAAGCCAGGCAGCCCACCAAUAUACCCUGAGACGCCCAACGGAAACCAAACUUCCAGGCCGAUUGAAAAAGAAAUCUCUCAAAUUCAACAAUUCCCUCGAAAGGAAGUGAAAGAUCGAAGUGGAGUGGUGGAUGAAAUAGCCGAGACUCCGUCCGGUCCUCCGAGCGCUCCUGUUAGCCAAAGCACAAGUCUUAUGCCUGGACUCCAGCAACUAAAUUCGGGCUUCAGUAGUCUAAUAUCACACCUCAAUUCGCCUGGUUGUUCUUCAGAAUCCUUUUCUAUCCAUACAAGCAUCACAGUCCGCCACACAGGUCAAAUACGAGAAUCAGUUGUUGCAGGAUCGCAGAGCUCAUCAAAUCUCGACCCUGGAAUCUCGAACCACCGAUCACCGCCCAUAACGCCUAAAUACUCAGCGAGCCAGGUCACUAUUUCCACGAUGGAUGAAAAACCUCUAAAGAAAGAAGGCCAGUCUUCGGCAGACACAAAAUAUAGCCACGUGGAAGGUUCUACUCCGAGGGAAAAAUUACGAAAUGCCUGGGCCCAGCUGCGCGCCAACUCAGCCACAAGAACUCUGCAAAACGUUGAUGCUAGCGCAACUCCAUCUUCUGCAGGAGAUAUUGAGCCUUCCACAGCACCGGCAGCCAUACCUGAAUCAGCAGAACCACUCAGUGUUAGGGUUGAUAAAGAGCCUGCUCACUCUAUGGCUCAAAUUCAUCCUGCUACUACACAGCCAGAGUCCCUCGAGCCGCUAAAAGAAAUUGACCACAGUCAGCAUCCUUCCGUACACACAAUCCAACCAAGCGAAUUGACAGUUAGCCAGCUCGAAGAAGCACCCCCCGGCUCAGUUCAACUUGGCCCAUCGGAGUUUGCCAUUCCGCUUCCGAUGGAUUCUCGAGUUAAAGAUGACUAUGACCGAGUCCUGAAAGAAGAAUCGCGAUAUAUCCAGGAAUUCAUAAAUAAUACGAGUCCUGAUUCAGAAUUCACUCAGCAGGAGUUUCUUGUGACAAAAAUGCAUAGGACCUUAGAACAACUCAGCAAUGUUACAACCCAUCCGGACCUCAAUGUCGCUGAGCAUAUAAAAGACUCUGGGUCGGACUUGGAAAAGGAAGCAGCUUGGGCUGAGUAUUCAAGUGCAAAGUUCUUAUUUUUAGGUUAUCUCAUACAGAUUGCUCACAGCCAUGAUCUCCAUCUGGUGGUCAUGGUUCAUGGGGAAAAGACCCAAAAAGUUGUUGAGCAUUACUUAUUAGGCAAGGGUCUUACAUACACCCAGCCACGUCAUGAAAUGGGAAGUGGUAUCAAUGCCAACUUAGAAGUGUCUAUGGCUAAAGGGUCAUUGAGCUUCGGGAUACAAUCAACACACAGCGAUGGCGUCUUUAGAACAUACAAGUCGCCAUCGGCAGUUAUUGCUUUGGAUGCGUCAUUUAACGCAAAAAGCCCUUCAGUAGAGCAUAUGCGAACCACGUUUGCUCGAAAUGGCCAUCUACUUCCUGUGAUUCGGCUUCUUGUAUCCAAUACAAGUGAACAUGUUGAAUGUUGCUUUCCCAAUCUUCCUACUCUCCAACGCCUCCGGUUGCUGGUUCAGUAUACCGUACGCCUUCGUGAAAUGGUCGGUGAUCUUCAAGAUGAUGCUCUUGGCGUGCACGAAGACGCAGAAGAGGUUCUAUCAUGCCUCAUUUCUGAUAAUUUUCAUUCUCACUGGCCGCUGCCUCUUAUCGAGCCUCUGCAGGUAGUUGCUCCAGAUGAACUAGAAACUACCUCUUUCCUCCAAAACCAGCUCGAUUUGAAUUCUGAACAGACGCCUUUGUCGAACACCGCGGCUCAAAAACGAGCAUUUGUCGACGACACUGACGAACAAUUCUCCAAGCGACAGCGGAUGGACACAUCCCAGCUAGCCAGUCAAUUUACAGAAUCAUCUAAGUUUCCAAGCCAAACUUUAGACAGUGGCCUCCAAAUGCUAGAGAGAAACAUCGUGCAAAUGAGGAGUUCACAUGCAGCUGAGAUCGACAAGCUCCAAAAAGCUUUGAACUAUGCUCUAUCUCGUCUUCAAGAAAAGGAGAAAGCACUGGAAUCACUCCAGCAUCGCUAUGAAAGUCGAACCAAAGAAACCCACAAGAUCCGGCAAGAGCGGGAUGACUUUUCCCAAUCUAAGCUUGCCUCGGAACAAAGGGUGGAGAGACAGAAGGAAGAAAUCACAAAACUGAAGGAUGACCGCACGCAAUUGAGGCAUGACCUUGAGAGUGCGAGAGAGUCAUUGAAGAACGGUGGGGGAACUGCAGCGGAGUUAGAGUCUGCACAAGAAGAAAUCCGUCGUUUAACUAAAGAGAAUAGUGGGUUGCGGCAAAAGGCGGAAUAUGAAAAGAAUCAAGGUGAAUACACUCGCGAGCAGUAUCAAACCGCUUCCAACGUGGCUUCUCAAUCUGGAAACGAGAUCCGUCAGCUCAGAGCAGAAAAUGAAGCUCUGAAUCGCAAAGUUGCUGGUGAUUCCUGUCGGUUAAAGGAGCUCAACAUGCAAAGCGACGGAGCUCGACAUCUUUCCCGGGUUGCUGAGCUGGAAGCCACACUUGCAUCUCGAGAUGAUCUAUUACGCAAGAAGGAGGAUGAAUUGCGAGAAAUCCGCAAAAAUCGCCCAUCUACUCGUUCGACAAGUACCCAGCCUAGAAGUCCUAAAUUGACCUCGGCCUCAAGUCGUCCAACAAGUCCUGGCAUUAAUAAUGGUAACGGUUUAAACCAUUCCGGGCGAGGUAGUGGACUGAGAUUCAUGUCUGGUAUGUCACUUUGA